GAAACCAGGACGUCUGACGGCUCCUGAUUCCUUCAUUCCCGGGAAAGAGGAGCUUGAACUGCUUACACUUACAGUGUCCGAACUGGGCUACAAUGGCAUCAGCACAGAGGUCACAGACAUCGGUUGACUUCUGCCAUGACACACACUCGACUGCCCUCUUGCAGGGUUUGCAGGAACUGCGAUCAGAGAACCUGUUGGUGGACGUCAUCCUGUGUGUCUCUGGGAGAGAAAUUCCCUGCCACAGAAACGUGCUUGCUACUUGCAGUGAAUAUUUCCGCGCAAUGUUCUGCAAUGGACACCUCGAGAGCAAGGAGCAUAAGGUGACCAUCGAAGAACAGAGCGCCAGUGCCUUGCAGCUUCUUGUUGACUAUGCCUACACGUCGAGGGUAACGAUCACCGAAGACAACGCUGUGGAACUGAUGGAAGCAGCCAACUUCUUUCAGGUUCUACCAGUCAGGGAUGCAUGCUCAAAGUUCCUAUCGGACAGUCUAUGUGUCAAGAACUGUAUGAAGAUGGUAAGCUUAGGUGGCAUGAUUGACCCCGUCUUGGAAGCAGAUGCGCUGUCGUUUGCCAUGAAUGAAUUUACUGCAGCCAGCAAGACACCAAAGUUCCUUGAUUUGACAAAAUACCAGCUCAUCAAGCUCAUCUCAUCAGAUGACCUGAAUGCUCCUGAACAGACUGUGUACACAGCAGUGAUGACAUGGAUCAACCACGACACCAGGAAGAGGAAGAAGGAGAUGAGAGAGCUGAUGGAGCUGGUCAGGUUCCCCUGGAUGGACAAAAUGUACUUCCUGGAGAAGGUGGAGACUGACAAGACCCUGCGCAAGUGCUGUCCCGAUGUUGUGUCAGAAGCUCUGAGGUAUCAAGCAUUCCCAGGGGAGGUCCAGUCACCCCGCACCCGUCCCCGCCGUGCCAGUGGUCUGAGGGAGGCAGUGGUGAUCAUUGGAGGGUGUAAGAAGCUAGAAGAAGGAGUAUAUACUUCGGUUUACAACAACUCCAUCAUGAUAACACACUCCUCUGCACCAUCAAGCACAAGUUGGGCUUCUAUGACAAAAAUGAAGAGUAGUUGUGAUGAUGGAUUCGCUGUGGCUGUUUUGGGCACAAGUGACAUUAUGGUGUCUAGUGGGAUGCAGGGCAAGGACGUUUGGCUGUAUCAGGCAAGACUUGGCUCCUGGUCUAAACUUGCUCCGAUGCACACAGAUAGGCUCCAUUGCAAGCUGGCAGUACUGCAAGGUAAAGUGUACGCAAUUGGUGGCAGAAGUUCACCUCAAGGAGUAGAUGCAAGUGUGGAAAUCUAUGACCAGAGCCUAAACAAGUGGACUGAAGGUGUUCCACUCCCACAGCCCAGGUACCACCAUGCAGUUGCAGUGCUAGAUGGCAGCAUAUACGUGAUAGGUGGAUGUGGCCCUGAAUACGGUGCAAAAACUACAGUGUUCCGCUUCAGUAACUCCCAGUGGCAUUCAGCAAGAGACAUGCCUGUGAAGUUCUUUUACAUAACUGCUUCAGUUCUCAAUGGUAGCAUCUAUGUUGCUGGGCAUCCCUCGGAGGUGCUGUGUUACAGGCCGGAGGAAGACUUGUGGACUGUAGUAGCCAACAUUUGUAAUGGAUACCAAUGUGCUAUGACUGUCUUUGGUGGGCAGAUUUACAUCUAUGGAGGCUUGGACAGUGAUGGUAAUGAAACAAGGAAGGUUUUGAAGCUUAAUCAAGAAGACAAGUCACUUGAGCAGGUGGGAACCAUGCCCAUGAGUCUAUCUGAACACGUUUGUGUUACUAUAUUGAAGAGUUGAGGUGUAAGUUGUAACUGAGUACCCUGCACCACUUCUAAGAGAUCACAGCUCAUGCCAUAGUAUGAAGUAAGAUGUUGAUAAGCAAAGGGGACCAACAUUGUAUCAAUGGGCAGUCUUGUUUAUUACCAUUACUAGAUAGGAUUGCAUACCUAAACCUGUACCUGUAAAACUGUUUUUAAGUACAGGUGACUACGUACAUGAGCAAUCAUCAUCAUCAUCAUUUGUCAUCCUUAUGAUGAGGUGGAACAAGUGAGGUAAACA